AUGGAACCAACAACCACCAAAAAACAAUAUAACGAAGGAAAAGGUGAUCUCUCAAAGAUUGCUCCAACUGAUAUGCAUACAGUAGCAGGUUUAUUAAAACUAUAUCUACGUGAACUUCCAGAACCUUUAUUAAUUUGGAGAUAUUAUUCAACUUUUAUUAAAGUAAUCAAGAAUAGCGAUAAAUUACAAAGAAUGUUACAUUUAAGAAUGUUAAUUUAUGGAUUACCAAAAGUAAAUAGAGAUUUGGUUUUAUACUUGAUGACAUUUUUAAACAAGGUAUCAUCUUUUUCGUCAUCCAACAAGAUGACAUCGGCAAACCUUGCCAUGGUUUUUGCUCCAAACCUUUUACGUCACCAAAAAGAAAGUUUAAAUCAAAUCAUGGAAGAUUCAAAUCAUGUUACAAAUAUUUUAAAACAUUUAAUUGAAGAAAUUGCUUAUAUUUCAAAGUCGACACAUUAUUUAUCAACAUCAGUAGGAGAUGUACCAAUGGCAUUAAUACCAGCAAAUCCAAUUCCAGUAGAUGAUUUAGGAAAUGUAUUAUAUGCAAGAGCACUCUACCCAUAUCAAACCACAGGACAAUGGCAUUUACCAUUUAAAAAAGAGGAUCAGAUCACAUUGUUGGAUAUAAAGACAGAGGAAGGAUGGAUGAAGGGAGAGUUGAAUGGACGCGUUGGAUACUUCCCAGCCUCUUAUGUAGAAAUUGUCGCCGCUCCACCACCCACCGAACCACUGACACUCAUCCCCAUCCCAGAUAUCGACCAAACCAUCAUCACACCCGAUGUCACCAUCACGACUACCACUACCACCACCACACACCAAACAACUACGACAACGACAACGACUACAACUACCAUCCAAAAAAAUAACGGCGCAGAGUCUGCAGCCGACGAGACUACCUCUGCCCCAGUGCCAAUUGCAUCGGUGGCCAAGAAAAACUCUAGUGGAUUGUUAAAACCACAACCACCACCAAGAACGGCUGGCAGUCCUAUUCUCGCUACAUCGACCUCGGGCGAGGCAGUUCCAUCACCGUCAACCGUCGCUAUCAACAAGUUGAAUGGAUCGUCGUCGUCACUUGUAAACUCACCAGACAUUACAAAGAUCAUGUCGACCAAGUUGUCAGUGUCUUCAUCUAUUCCACCACCCAGUCUGUCUGCCCCACCCACUUUGGUUGCUCCACCCACCACCGCCGCCGCCGUACUCCAGCAGCAAAAUUCCAAUUCAUUCCUCGAGUUUGCCCUCUCGUCGACCCCACCACCACCCCUUUCUCUGCCACCCAUGGACCUGCCACCUCCACCCGUCACCACACCCGUCAAGUCGCCCUCGAGCAUCGACCUCGCCAAUCUGCCACCCCCACCCUUUUCACCAUGUUCACCCGAACCCAACCCACUCAAACAAAACAACGAGAUGGCUCCACCCCUCACCGACGACUUUCCACCUCCACCACCCCUCGUCUUUAGCCAGACUUCAUCUGCCACCACAACCGAGGACGAUCACAACCCACCAACCUAUGAAGACGAAGAUGAUGACUCUUCCAGCGAGUCCAACUCUUUUCUUGGUACACCAGCUGCCCCAGCAAGUAUCCCAUCGCCUCCACCCCCACCACCCAAGCGAUUGGACCGUUCAUUGUCCUACAGCUUCAAGCGUCAAGAAAAGAUGGCCGACGAGGCCAAGAAGCGUAAAGAGAGAGCCGAGGAGAUGUUGAGCACCGAGCGUACCUAUGUCAAGCAGUUGACAUGCAUCCUCGAGCUCUUUAUCGAGCCCGUCAAAAAGAACCACAAGUUUGCUCUGCCCGAGGAGCUCCUCAACACAUUCAGUUGUCUCGAGGUUAUCCUCAAUGCUCAUCGUGCCAACAUUCUCAAGGCUCUCGAGGAGCGUAUGACCUGUUGGGACGCCAAGCCAUUGAUGGGCGACAUCUUUUGCAACAACACCUCGUUUAUCAAGCUCUACAAGCAUUACGUCAACAACUAUGACCGUUCGAUCACAUCGCUCAAGCAAUGCAAGGAAAAGACACCCGAGUUUAAGGCGUUUGUCGCCACGCUCGACUAUACCGAGAAGUUUUCCGGUCUAAACGUCGAGUCGUUCCUCAUUCUGCCCGUCCAACGUAUCCCACGUUAUGUAUUAUUACUCCAAGACUUGCUCAAAUAUACCAGCAACGACCAUCCAGACUUUGACCAGUUGUGCGAGGCACUUGGCACCAUCAAGGAUUUUGCCGAAACCAUCAACUACAAAAAGUCAGAGGAAGACAACAACUCGAGGAUCCAACAAGUGCAAGACUCGAUCAAGAACUUGCCAGCCCACGCAUUGGAGCGUCCCCGGCAAGGACAAGAAAAAGUUCAAGAGCCUCGUCAACCUCCAGACCGCCUCGAUCAACAUCACCGACGAGGUCAAUGUCAUCAAGCUCAUCUCGCAAGAGGUAAUUUCGAAACCCUUCUCGGCUGCCACAUCACCUUUUACGACAUUAUCAAGGAGCGUCUCGUCCAAUGGGAGGACAAGCCAUUUGUAUCGGACCUCUUUAUUGAAAAGGGCGGUUUCCUCAAGCUCUACAACUACUAUGUACAACACCAUUACUCUUCACUCCAGACCAUCGAAUCCUGUAUCGAGAAAUAUCCACUUUUUGCCAUUCACCUUCGUAAUAUCGAAUCCAACGAAAAGGUUGAGCUCAAACAUCUACUCGCCGAGCCACUCCGUCGUAUUCCACGUUACUAUUUAAUCCUCCAAGAAAUCCUUCAAUACACUCGUCCCAAGCAAGACGACCACGAGAACCUCCAAAAGGUUGUCACCAACCUCAAGGAUCAAAACGAUAAAUUCAACGCCACCUCUAUCCUCGCGCUCUCUUCUAGUGGCGACACCCCUCGUAGUCCCCACAAGUCAAAGACUAUACGUGUCAAACCACCAAAAGGUCUCAACAAAGAUUCAAAAUUAAAUACUAGUGGUUUCUUUUCAGUUUAA